CGCAUAUUGUCAAUGUCACACCUGUCCUUGUCCUUGUUCUAUAUUCAAUUUUGAGAGAAAGGUCUUACAUUUUAAUAAACAUUUUACAUUUACUUUUUACGAAAUUUGAAAUGAAACAAUCAGGAAAUACAAAAUGAAUGCAGAAAUUGAAGAAAAUAUCCGCAACAAAGUUCCUUGGCCACAACUUCCUUCACAUAUCAAACAGAUACUAAGCAAUUCGUCCAAGGAAUAUGAUCGAUGUGUGGUUAAUUUUAGUAUAAAGAAUCAGUUGCGAUAUCGCGGAAACUUAGUGAGAUAUAUUUUUAAAGAUGAAAAAAGAUACUAUGAAAGAAUUGUGUCUUAUAGCAGAGAGCGUCUUAUGCUGUUUCCUUAUCAUCUAGCUGAUAUGAUUGUGAAGGGUUUAAGAAUUACACCUUUUAACUAUUAUAUAUCAGUAGUGGAAAAGCUUAUGCAAGCUGAAAAGAGCUAUGAUACAUUGCCAAAUUUUACUGCAGCAGACUGCCUGAGAUUAUUGGGUAUAGGUAGAAAUGAGUAUAUUGACUUAAUGAAUAAAAGCAGAUCUAACAAAGGAAGAUUGUUUGGAAGGAAAAAUGUUAGAGGCCUCUUGCCUACUGUUCCUUGUGAUAUUUAUAUGCAACCUUGGUGGAGAGUGGAGGUUGGACUUGUUUUAGAAGAAGAUGUAAAGAUGGUUAAUGAUGAGGAAUUACACAUUAUUGAUAAAUUAAUAGAUCUAGGAUCUCAAAAUGCUGGAGAGUUACCCUAUUUCACAGUACUGAGUUUAUACAAAAAAGGCUUGAUAUAUUUAGAUGUGCCCAUCACAGCUGCAGAUAUGGUGCAAGUACCCCCCUUGCAAGGAUUUGUGAUGAAUAGGAUCUUGGGAGACUAUUUUGAAACUCUACUUUAUAAAAUAUUUGUGUCAAUAGAUGAGCACACUACUGUAGGGGAGCUUGCUGCUGUAUUACAAGUUGAUACAGAAUUAGUGAAACAAGCUGUAUCCUUAUACUGUCGACUGAAGUUUGCCCACAAGUUAAACCUGGACCCUGAACAGGAAAAACAAUGGCAUCCUACAUGGUUAAACAUUCCAACACAAGACUCCAAUAAUAUGGACAUCACUCCCCUAACUUUAAACCUCAGUAAAGAUUCCGCAUUAAACACUUCUUCAGACUUCCAAUCCCCACAAUCGGAUCUUCCAGAGAGUCCAGCGAGCAGUAGCCUGCCCAGACGUGGUCAGAGGGUCGCUUUCUUAUUCGAUUCCACUCUAACUGCAUAUUUGAUGAUGGGAAACCUAUCACCGGGAUUGAAAAAGCAUGCAGUGACCAUGUUUGAAGUGGGCAAACUUUGUGAUGAGAGUUUGGAUAGCUUUUUAGCCGAAUUGGAGAAAGUAUCUGUUUUAGAUGCCGAAGGGGAAGGUGAAGCUAGAAGAUUCUUCGACCAUGCUGUAAUUUUAAGAUCUACUGUAAUGGCUUUAAGAAAACUUCCUAGUCCUGGUUUAGAUUUAGUUAGGUUAGAAAGUCUGCAUUCUUUAGACGAAGCGACCUGCUUGAGACUGUUGCAGAAAAAAUAUAAGUUAUUGGUAUCAAUGGCCCCCCUCAGCAGAGAAGUCAGGCCAGUAACAAGUCUACUACCUCCUCAUUUGGGACCAGCUGUACCUGAAGUUAAUACCUUAUGGUUCAAAUUAUUUUUAUACCAUCUAACUGGAUAUGGACCACCGUCUUUACUUCUUACAAAGGGAACAACUCUAAAUCAAUUACCACGCAUGUUUCUCGGCUUUUCCCGUCUACUAAUCCACUCGUGGCUUCACGAACCGGCCGUUAUCCCCAUAGCCAACAUUCUCUAUGUCAACGCCACUCUCCAAUUCAGCCCUGUCCUGAUCCAAGCCUACGGGGUCCACCAACCGGCCCAAACACACAUAAUAUCCUUCCCGUUCCAGCCUCUGACCCCCAUCAAAUCCAAUGAGAAGAAAAUUAAAGAGCGACCUACGGAUUUGGCUUUCAGACAACACAAGGCGGUUAAGUAUUUGCAGGAAGUGGUCGAUCUGGACCACAACUGUGGGUAUUUGACCUUCGCCAAUAUCGGCGUGCUCGAUUUUGGGUGUCCGAAUAGAGAAAAGCAAGUUAGACUUGGUAGGAACAACCGUACUGCUGGAUCAGGAUUUUCCAAACUGUCCCGGAUAAAAACAGAGAACAAUAAUCAACUGAACUCCCAACCGUUAUCGAUAUCGAACGAGAAUUUCGCAUUCAACACCGAAAAACCUCAAGAGAAACCCGAAAGAGAAACGAAACUCCAAUCUCCCGUCGAAAGCCACUUCGCCGUUACGCCAGUCUCGAACACGAGUCAGUCGUCGUCACCUGCGAACGGUUUCACGAGCCAAGAAGGCUCGAAUCUGUUGCAAGAAGAACUGGAUCAAUUGGUGGUAAGUCAGGAGGGCACCAACAAGGAAAACAUUACGUUGGAGUUGAGUUUGAAGAACAGUCUAUCGAUAGAUGGGCUUACUAGUCCCAACGAGGAGAAUAUCAGUAUGUUUAGUAGGGAUAAUAAGGAGGAAAAUGUUAAAAGUGGGAGCGACUGCGAGCAGAAGAAAGAAGACAGUGGAGAGGAGAAUAAUAUUGCUGAGGCUUGGACAUUACUGGAUUGCCAUUUUGGGAUUCCCCUUUUUGACGUUAACGCCAACACCAAAAUCUGUGAUAAUAUAGUUUAUGGAGGCCUAGCUGAACCCACUAGUCUUGAACACUUGGUCGAGUCUAGUCGAAAAUUGGGAUCAGCUUUGUUAGAUUUUAUCUCACAAUGUCAGUAUUAUCCCGGUGAAAACAUGGAAAUAUUGAAACGAGGCCGUCUGGUGCCCCUUCCAAGGCACAACUUGGCCUUCGAUAAUGGCAGAGUGAGCGAAUGGUUGGGAAAAUGAAGAAUAUAACGAAAAUUCCACAUGUUAGUAUCGGCAAUACGUAGUUUAUAAGGCAGGCGCUACUAUCUUCAUUUUUAAUUAAAACAAUUUUUGUACAUAAGCUGUACAGAGUUAAACGUACAGUGUGAGCUAAAAAUAUUAAUACAUUCAAUGAGUAAAAUAGAAUAUCAGAUUAAAUAUCUAGAUAUUUAGCCAAAACAGAUUAGAAAACCUUGAAAAUGGAGAAUCUUAACAUUUACCCUUAGUUUUGCUGUUUUGCUUGCCGCCGUCAGUGUUAUUUUCUUUAAAUCUCCAUAUUUUGGACCAUUCUAAUGUUAAUCUACCUCAAAAACACUUUUUUGUCAUUUCUUACAUCUUAUUACAACUCUAUUCUUUCUAGAAACUCGCUAUUUAGAUAACUGUAUGAUAGAGUGACUCACAUCUCUACAAUAAACUUCCUGUCCCACUAUUAACAUUUUGGCGUUAGUAACAACCAAAUUUGGACCUUUGUAAAUUUAAGGUAAAUCGCUGGUGCUUGCUGUAUUGUAUUUUAGUAAUUUAGCUGCUUUUUAAGUCGAUGUAAUUCUUUUGUUGUAUUCCUUCCACUGAAAAUAUUUCACGAAACUUAGUAUCUAUUCGUAUUAUGCGCUUUCCAUCUCUAUAGCUACGAUGCCCCGACGAUUUUGACAAAUGCUGUCUCGUUUUGGCGCCACUAUGAGCCACAUCCAUGGUACAAUGAACACAAGGUAUGAUAUUGCGCAUGGCAUUUGACAGCUGACCCAGGCGUGUGACGUAUUCAAGAACGCUCGAACCCAUGGUACAAUGAAUACAACAAGAGAACCAGUUCUUUUAAUUGAAUCUUCUGAAGAUAGUAUUAUAGAACAUGACUCUUGUGAUAUUCAUAAAAAGAGUUUGGGUAUUUCUAUGAUACAGAAGAUGUUAACAGAUUCAAAUCCAACUCCUAAAAGAGCCUGUGAUAAUAUUUUAAAGUUACUCGAGAAGGUGAGUUUUGUCCAUCGAGUUAGAAUCUAUGGAGAAGCUAUGAGCAUAUUAACGUAUGUAUUAAAAACGGCAUAGGUAGGAGUGGCUAACGAUAAUACCAAUAUGGCGGUGACAUCAGGGCCAGACUCAAUAAUAAUAAAACUACUAUACAAAUAUGACUAGUUAUUCAGAAGAUUUAAUCAUAAUCUAAAAAAGUGCAAUACAUUUUUAAUAAACUAUGAUUUAUUUAUCCCGCGGUAAACACUAAAAACACGAUAUAUUAUACAUAAAGAUAAAUUAAUACAGUCAAAUAGUAUUCAUUUAUUCUCUGAAGUACGGGCCAUUACUUUGUUUACAUAUUUGUAUACUAACCUGUGGA